GAGACUCGAGACUCUCGCAACGGUUUCACACGAUCGUAGUUCGUUAAUCCGAUGUCCAUUACAACAAGAGUCAAGACGCGUAGGAAGUACAUUUCGAUGGUCAGCGAGGGAAAGAAAAGGGACGAAAAAGUAUAGGAAUGUGCAAGUGUGCUACUGUAAAUAAGUGAACAAAGCGAACGACGAAGGCGAAGGCGACAACCAAAAGGCAAAGACGCAUACAACCCCUCUCCAGACUGUGGUGGCAUCGAGCAGUCGUCAGUGGCUGUCGUGCGAUUCGUUAGGGGACUAGGCGUUCAACGCUUCCCUCCAAUUCCCCCCCAUCCCCCUUCUCAAGCAAACUUCAAAGCUCCCGCCGCCUUGAGUCACCAGGGUGUGGUGCAUAUACGACGGACUCGACGUCGGGUAGGGGGAUAGUCCGCAUUCGUGGUGCGUUAGGUGGACGAGGGAUGUAUCGACGAACCCGCUCUUCCUCGUCCUCCUCGUUCUCAUCGUCUUCCCAACCACCCUGUGCUGCAGCAGCGUAUGCUGAAGUGUUGCUUGGAAGUUGAGGUGUGGGAAGAGUGGGAUGAUGCAUGGCGCUAGUAGGAAGGUGUGGUACUCUCGGAGCGUAGGAGUUGCCGUUCGACGGCGGCUUUGGGAAGGGCAUGGAAGACUGGGUGUAGGAUGUGCUUUGGGAGGGUGCGUAGGAGUAGGAGGAGGAGGAAGAGGAGUAUGGAGGAGAGGCUUGUUGGGGGAAGGAAGGAUAGGUGUUGUGGUGAUACUGAUGGGUGGUGUAGGUGUGAUGGGGGAUCGUGCGGGGAUGAUGGGCAGGUCGGACAUCCUGAACAGAGCCCUAAGGCGUUUGUGUUGGCGUUGUAGCCAGCAUGCGUGUAGUGUGUAGCAGAGGCGGGACGCGGGGUGUAUGCGGACAUGAUGAAUUGGGGGGAGAGAGUAUGAAGAUCAGAGAAGAGAGUACGAAGAUCAGAGGGGUGAUGAGAUGAGUGGAAGAGGGAGGUGAUGAAGCUGCGGGGAAGGGGCGAGACUAUAUAUGCCCCCGCGAGAGCAGAGGUGAAGCAUGCCACCCGUCAGAUCUGUGCAUUCGGCACGCGACGAGGGGGAAAUGCGUGUUUCUGUUUCCCAUCGAACGGAUGUUUCCAGGACCGAAUCCGCAGAUCCCAUCGUCUGCCGCAAAAUAGGCUUACAAUUAGCUCCCCAUUCAAUUUCGGAAUUCCCAUGCCUCGAUCGUAAUUAACGCAUUCUCUCGGAUCAGCCUUCCAUCUGGGAACGCCGACGCCAUGUGCGGAUCGACAGCUGGCCAGUCCUCUGGUCGCACCUUCCUGGUUCUGUCCUCGACCCUCGGUGACUUCACCAGCUUUCACACUCCGAUGCACGGAUACUUCUCGGUCUGCUGCCUUCUGCUGCCUUCUGCCGCCAAGCUUCGUGUCUCGCUCGUCUUCUUCUCUUCACAUUGCUUCACAUCUCCGUUGCUCCCUGCCGCCGAUACAGAUCUUACCAGAUUUCCAUGUCUCUCUCUUGGCUGCAUGCCGCAUGUCCUCAUCAUACGGCAUGCUAAUUCCUUGCUAAAGCCUCCAUGGCGCCAGACCCCCCCGGUCCCUGUCGGCAGCGAUUCGCACUUGGAGGGAAGCGUUGCUAAGCACUGUUUAAGCUAAUUGGCUUCAAGCACCUAAACGUCAUGCGUCUCUCUCAUGCCCCAUUGGUACCGCAUGUUCUAGAUGGCCUGGUAUUGUCACUUCGUCGCCUUGCUUAUCACCACGCCUUCAAUAUAUCAGCUCUCUCCAGGCACAACUCGCUUCGACCUUGUACUAGAGUUUAUCUUCGUCCAUCCAUCGCAAGGUGCUCGCAAGUUCCCGCAUCCUACCUUUGAGCGUUUUCCUUAUCCUAGACGCGAGAUCUUUAGCCUCGUUCUCAGCCGGUAUACACUCGGGACAUGCUCGGUUUCUUCUGUCUAUCCAGGUCUAUCCCUGUCCAAGCCCGUCUCCCUCAUAACGGAUGUAUUCGAGACCACGAGAUCUCAUCCAACUUUGAGACCUUAUCGAUUUCGACCAUCCAUCCAAACUUCUCGUACCGUAGCUCCGAUCAUAUACAUCAGGCCAAUCAGGCCUCCAUGUAGAUGCCGUCCAGCCUCGUUUUUUCUCUCUCACCGGCAAAUCGUCGAAGCACGAUACUUACAAGCCAAGCCCAACCUGACGUCCUCGAUCUCGUCGUUCAGCCCUUGGUUAGAGAUCCACUUGGCGAUCAUGCGCAUGUCUUAGUUUCGCCUCGAUAUCGAUGCAAGAUUUCCUGCAAUUCCAAUGCUUCACGCUUCAUGAGGUACCGUAGCUGCCCGUAGCUCCGACCCUCCUUGUAGAUGAGAGAUCUCAUCGAGCCUCAUACUUCUCUUUAACCUAGUUAUCGGUGACGAUACAUGUGCCAAGCUGCACCUAACCAC